AGAGGAGGGCGUGAUCGCCGUUUCCACCACACGCUGCCGUGAAGAAGAACAGUGGGGCAGGCAGGCAGCUGGUGACAGCGGAUUGAACCGCUCCCCCCUGCCUGCGCUCAGUAAACUGGAUCACACGGAGACGGUACCGGACAGCUCGUUGGAUAUACAGUAGGGGUGUACACCGUCGUUUUGUGCCAACAGGAGGCACGUCUCAGCACCUGGAAUCAACACCAACUCGUGCCAAAGUGUCGUUAUUGUUUGUGUGGUUAGCAGAUUGAGUAAACACAGUUGUUUUGAGUUUUUUUCAAGCAUUAGUACCGCUGACGUUAGUAACGACAGGUACUUAGCCUCAGUGAGUGUUUACGGUCGCAUCGAGUAGCUCGUUGCGACAGUCUGUCAAGGGAACAAAUCGCCAGGUUGUCGGACACUUGGUAAAGAUGGGUGACUUUAACCCAUCGACAUCCAAUGCAUUUCAACCAGAGGUGAGUUUUUUGUUCAAACUGUUUGUUGUGAGUAGUCUGCAGUCAUAGCUAACGGUGUUAGCAAAUGUCAACUUGUCACCGCACGAUGUAGCAGCUGCUGGUUAGUAAGCGUUAGCAAACGAAGCUAAUAUUGACAUACUGUUAGCAACUGGUGCACAAACGAGAUAAGUUUCACUCGGAUGGCUUUCAGGCACGCCCAGAUUAAAGUGACACAAUUGAGAGACUAAACUCAGAACUGUUUUGUAGGACGACUCAGCCGUGAUACCUAAACAUGUCUUUGUAAGAUUAGUGGUUAGCCCAACGGUGGAAAACAUUCCAUCAUCAUCAGCGCGGAGCAUGCUAACAUUAACAUAGGCUAACUAAGCAAUAGAAUUACACAAUCCGCCUUUACAUGUCACUACACAGCUAGUCAACACUUUUGUUUGUGAAACUCUCGAUGAUUCUUUGUUGUUCUUGAAUUCACACACUUAAGUUUCCUGCAGAAACCCCACCGUUAUUAGCCAUCAGCUAGCUCCCUCACCAUUAGUUACUUAUUUACAGUCUCUCGCUAGCCGAAUAAGCUAACAGUAGCUGGCUGGUACUUCAGUUAAUCGGUGGGGGUUGGUAGGAAGAUUCACUGACUGUCGACAAAGAAGGUUAAUAAAAUUUCGUCUGUGACUGUCAUAAAUGUAGUAGUAGGCAGUAUAGAUUCGUGCAGAUUUGUCGAGUCGCACCGAGCCCGUGCAGAGUGGCAGUUUCACGCGUGCCGAUCACCUCUCGUUAUUGUCAACGCCAUGUCGGGAUGUGUAGGUCCGUUGCAGCUCAUGUUUCUAUUACGUUGCUGUGUUUCAGGGCUUCAGUCCGCCAUACAGGAGGAGAAGGACGGUAGAGGAUUUUAACAAGUUUUGCACUUUUGUUUUGGCUUACGCUGGCUACAUCCCAUAUCCCCAAGAGGUGAGUAAACGAAACUGACACAGCCUACGCAUGCAUCCUCACAUUAGCACCUGUGUUGUAAGGUUGAGUAAGAUUUCAGGUUCAGUGCACCGCUUUCGGUUAACUUCUGGACUCCCCAUGCUUUAAAGGGAUAUUCUGGCGUGAAAUUAAUUUAGGGUCAAACACAGAGAAGCACCGAGUUAGACAACCCGUCGAGAGAUGAAUGUUGCCGACUGCUUGCUUCUCUAGUUAUACCAACUUUAGUAAUGGACGCACGAUAGCAAUACACAGCGGUCUGAGGAGCCAUAAACAAACCUCAACCAAAAAGCCGCUCUAUAGCUACAAAUAAUGCUCAUGCUCAGAACAGCACAUAACUUCAUCAACAGUACAUAUAGGGUCCCAGCCAUAGCACUAGCUACCAAACUUUUUUUAAACUUUGCCUUAUUUCUUUGGAAAAGAGACUAUACAUAGCUCACCAACUCUCUUCCAGCAGCCGCUUGUUUGUAGUGAAACCUUGGGCCAGUCCAUUACGGACUACUGCUGGGUGACACAGCUCAAGGAAGAACAUUUGCAGUCAGGCCAAGACGCUAAGGCAGAAGAACUACUGUGUCUGCAGUACAAAAUGAUUAAUAUAACGAUUAUUACUUAAAGGAAAUGAUAAAGAAAUGAUCAUAAAUGUUCUUCCUUGAGCUUCUCAUCCCGCUGUAGUCCGUAAUCAGUUCAGAGAAACCCUGCACAUCUGUUGGGUUUAUAAGAAUCAGAAGAACUUUAUUUAUCUCUGAAGGGAAAUUUAAUAAUAUUUAAAUAUUUAUAUUUUAGUGGUAAAGACAUGGUCUGGCAACACCAAGUAACUCUAUUAGUACUGUCUAAUCAGCAAGCCAUUGAAAUUUUGUAGAUACAGUAGAUAAGAUAUUGGACUUAGAAUUGGAUGUGUGAUAUAAACUUCUCUUGUGCUUAUUGAAUUGCAUCACCUGUUUGCUGACAGGGAGGGAAAUAGCAAGACAAUGAGAUUAUCUAAAAUUGAUCCUUUUGUUCCUGUAGUUUCUUUAGCUCUGUUUAUUUGGGCUUUAGUCUCCUCUGUUAAGAAUUAACCAUGGUCUCCUCCUCCAUGCGGCAAAAGUUCCUUUUUGAAUACAAUGUACAGUAAUUGUGUUAUUUUUGUGACUAAUAGCAUCCUUCAUAGUUUAUAGGAGUUCCAGGUUUGCCUGUUACUUAAAGCCUGAUCCAUACUGUCAAAAACUGUAGUUAUGCCCUUUAGUUCUGCAAAUGUGGCAAAAUGUUGCUUGAGAAUGUCAAACUUUGGUCUGUCAUCCCUUUUUUUCAGACAGCCAAGUGUGACACCUUUUUCAGUGUGUGCAUAAUUUCUUUAGUCAGAAUUAAUGUUGGACACAUUUGGAUUCUCUUCUGCACCAGUAAAGGGGACAGACUGUAACACUGUGAUUCAUACUGAUAAAAUUGUGGUUUAAUCUCUUACACAGUGUUGCUCUUGUGUUUCUCACAAACACAUGCUAGAUUUUUAUUCUUUUCUGUUCCCACCACAUGUGCACAUAUUGCGACAUGUUACACCCACAGAUGGGUGUCGUAAGCCAAGUCUCUGGAUUAAUAAAUUUUAGCAAAAUUGUUUUCUGGUUAGAGUAGCAGCAGAGCAAUGGCUGUUACAUAAAUGGAUCCUCGUUGUAACUUGUUAAGGACACUAAGCGUGUUGCAAUGUUGCAUAAAAGAAUUUCUGACUCUUCACCUUUAUGUCCCUUACCAUUGCAUCUUCAAUUUUUGGUCUCAGGACUCUCCACUGCGCAGCAGUUCCAGCCCUCCUAACAGUACAGGCAGCACAGCUGACAGUGAUGGCUGGACGCCAGGACCCCCAACCUCUUGCCCCCAGCGGCCCUCCAAGGCCCCCCAGGACAGGAGCAGAAAGCGUCCACAGCCAGGAGCCACUCUGUCCAGCCACACCAAGAAAGAUGUAAGUGAAGUCAGUGUCAAAUCAUUUGUCUCUUAUGUUCCCCUCGCCCUUCUGACAUAUAAUCUUUUUAUUCUUUACAGCACACAUUUACAGCCCUGCACCCAGACGACCGCAGGAAAGCCGACAAGCUGAAGAAGAAGAAAAGGAGAAAGGAAAGGGAGUAUUCAGGCGGGGAAGAAGACAGGAUCCAGCAGGACCACACGACGGCCCCAGAGCUGCAGUACGGCAUCUCCUAUGGUGGCAAAAUGAUCAAAGAGGAGCCAGAAGAUGAUAUCAGCAUUCCCCUGCAUCCUCAGGGUCUGCACAGCCCUGCCCCCUGCAAAGAGGAGCCCAGUGACGAUCGCCAGCACUGGGAGGGUCGAGAUCUGGAGGAAGGUGUGGUAAAAGUACAGAAGGUGGAGGGACUUGCAGGAAGCAGAACAGUAUUCCGUCAGGGGAAACAGGUGGUGUUUAGAGACGAGGACGGAUCAGGAGAGGAUGAAGACAUAAUGGUCGACUCAGGUAAGAGCUGUUUUGGUGUAAUCUUUAAAUAUUAAAAGUUUAACAAAGUGGCAGAGCUAAACUUGUCGUGUGCCCUCUCUGGUCUCCCCAGACGACGACUCGUGGGACCUGGUGACGUGUUUCUGCAUGAAGCCCUUCGCAGGCCGAGCAAUGAUCGAGUGUAACAAGUGUAACACCUGGAUCCACCUGUCAUGCGCCAAGAUCCGCAAGAGCCAUGUGCCAGAGACAUACGUGUGCCAGAGCUGCCGAGAGACACACGGAAACCCAGACACCCGCCGCUCCCACCGCUCACGAGUAGGCCCACGCAAGCAUCUGCUAGACUGACCCCAGGCCAAACCCUGAACUCUGACCUCUCUCUCUCUCCUGCCCCCUUAAACACCUGCUGGACUGACCCCUUCCUUGAAAUCAGGUCUUGCACCCUUCAGUCUCUGUCCUUCACGGUCAGCCACAUUUUCUAUGAACACUUUGGUGGACCUACCCCAAGCCUUUAUCCCUUUGUAAACAGUUUGAGUGCUAUUUUAGAUUUCCUAAGGUUUGUUUCUGCUUCCCUACAGACUCAAUGCGUAAGGCAAUCACUGAAUGGAUGUCUGUCUGUAGAUGACAUUAGCAUUAGCAGCAAACCGCAACCGACUAAGGACUUGGUGUCUCGUGAACACUGGAAACAUUUGAACUGCCAUAUGUAGAGAGGAUAACCCUCACAACUGCCACCCUCUAUGGUGCAUGCUGGGAUUCAUGGGACAGAGAGUUUGCACUUUUUCUCCCGUAAUGUUUUAAAAGAAACAUCUAUCUGCCCUUUCGACACAUGGACAGGCAUGUGUCUCUGACUAAACUGGAUUUGCUUUCGAUUUGAAGCCUCCUGUUAAUGUUACAUAAUUAACCGUUUAAAAUGAGAAAACAAGUUAAGCCUUGUGUUACUUGCUUCAGAUGGUGCUAUAGUAUAAAGCUGAGGUAUAAUCCAAUAGAACAAAGAUGUAGGAAAGAGAGUUAAGUCUGCAUUUGAUUUGUUUAUUCCCUGAUUUUUUUUGUCUUUGUUAUUUAAGACGUGAGGAAUUGUUAUCGUGGCUCAAAGCCUGUACAGUGGUAACAAGCGCUUAUCCUCUCUUCCUUCAUGAACGGUCUUCCAGCCUCAGCUCCUCCUCUGAAUCAAGCUUUAAACACUUUGCUCUCAAAAACAAUGGUCCAGACUUUUGGUUUUGAAAAAAAAAAUGUUUUUUCUUAUACUGAAAGAGCCAAACAACAGGAAAGUUUUCAUCAAGUUGUUUUUACAGUACUUCCGAUACUGUCUUGAAAGAGGUCUGCACAAAAUGCAGUAUCAGGUAUCUGCAAAUUUGCCUGCCAGCGCAUUGAUUUAAUAACAUUAUUUAUACAGCCCCCUUAAAAAAAAACACACACACACACACGAAAACAAAAAAAAAACAUUUACUUGUUUCUUCUUCUCUUCAACAGCCAGAAUAUGUGCUAUGUUGCUGGUAGCAACUGCUGUUUUAGAGCUGCAAAGAAGAACUGGUUUUAGGUAAAUAAUGAUUUGACAGUGAGAUAUAACGGUGCAGUGCAAGCAGGAGAUGCAUUGAAGUCAGUGCUAUCCAAAUGCCAACAAUCAGUGUUUUUAAUCUCAUGCAUACAUAAAUAUGCAUGCGUUAAAAAUGCAGAAAAAAUCUAUCAACAAAACAGUAUCAAAGAAUCAAUAGUUGUAUUUAUUUAAAGUAUUUCCUGCUGUCUCUGGUCAGUGUUGCCUCAUUUCAACAACCUACUUGUUUAUGAAUAUUUCCACUUCUUUUUUUUUUAUAGUUAGGACAGUUUCAUGCUUAUGACAAAAGUUUUUCAGAGACAUGCAUAUUUACAGAAGGGAACUCAUGACCGUCCUCUUUUCAACAUAAGCAGAAUUAAAGCUAUCUUUACUGGAAUAGUGUUGUUCGGAAAGUUUCUCUUGUCCGAAAUAAUGCAUGUGAGUGUGUUUGUUUGAAUGGUUUACACUGUGUGAGGGUGUUGGCGAAGCAUGAGCUGCUCAGAGUUGUCUCAAUUAAGCUCCCUUUUAGGUCUUUUGUAGGAUGAGAAAAGGAUAUCUGCAAAGUACCAUGGGAAGUGUUUUGAGAAACUUUCCGUUAGUCUCUAAAGGAUCAGAUCAGAGGGACAGAUAUUAAUCUCUUUUCACCUCUCUCUUGUAUUUUUACAGCAGUAUGUAGUUGUUUCUGUAUGCAGGUUUAUUGAGAAAAAAUGUUUUCUAGGGCACGAGAUGAAGAUUUUAAGCUGUUAUUCAUGUGCCAUCUGCUGUUGUUUCUGAUUAUAUAAAAGCCAUACUGUAGAGUGACAUAUUUUAGACUCAGAGCCUUGGAUAUAAGUCCAGGAAGGGAUUUAACAAUGCAGAAUCAAUGACUUGGCCAGGGAACGACUAACACACAAGCUCAUACAAACGUAACACACACACAAUGAAUGUUUGUUUUAUAGAGAAUGCAAGACUUUUCUGAGAGUGUGAAAUGGUUAAGCACAUCUCUGCUCUAGUCUUCUGGUAUUUACAAAUGUUGGUUCACUGAUUGGUACCCAGCAGUCAUCAAAGGUUGUGAUGAUUUGAAGAUGUGUCAAGACCCCCAAAUAAUUCCUCAGGACGUUCAUGUCUUGAAGAGAACCUGAAGACGCCUUCGGGAACAAGUGUCUAAUUUUAGUCUACGUCUUUGAGAGAUGGGUGAAGUUAUUGUUAACAGUGCUCAUUGUGAUACAGUUUAUUCUGAUCCUGGGUUGUCCUAUCCCCAUAUUGAGAAAGCGUUGUCUGUACUGUGGUGCAAACUGUUUCUGUGAAACUAUUGUAAACUAUUGUAAAUAAAGAGUUACAAUUUUAA